ACUGGCUGUUGUUUUAAUAUUCAAACUAAAAUACAUUAAAAUAUCAUAAUUACCGUUUAGCCCGUUUCAGCAGGUUGACUCCAUUAUUUCAAACAAAUUUUUAAAAUCCAACUGCCACUCUCUCGAGCUACAGCCUAAGGCUCGCGAUCGAACAUGCAUGAUUACAACCGGCUCGAGAUUGCUUAACAGUUCCUGGUAUUCAGGGAUAUACAUUUACAACCAGUCCUGAGCACUAACAUCUACAGUAGACACUACAAUGUCAGGAAAUCCAGCAGUGGUGAUGCGUUUGGUGGCUUCAGCUUACGCAGAGGCAGAGAAGGCAGGAGCUAUCAUAUGGAGGGAUCGUGGAAGAAGUUGGACUUACUGAACACAGAACAGGGGCUAACGAUCUACAGACACUGGCAGACAGGCUGGUCCAGCAGAGCAUGUGUGCCUCCCUAUCCAAAAGCUUCCCCAAAAUCACCAUCAUCGGAGAGGAGGAUCUGCCAGAGGAGGCUGUCAAAGAAGACCUGAUUGAGAGCAGUCAGUCUGAAGAAAUCCUACAAGUCCUGUCCAUUGGGAUACAGUGCACUGAAAGAGGUCUUCUUGAGCACGUGACUGUACUGAUCGGCAUUUCAUAUGGAGGGAAGGCCAUUGCCGGGGUCAUCAACCAGCCCUUCAAUUACCAGUUGGGGACGGAGACAGCAGACAUGUGGGGAAUGCCAGGACUGGGCGCCUUUGGGUUCGAGCUACAGGAGGUUCCGGAUGGCCGCCGCAUAGUCACCACGACCCGUUCCCACAGCAACAAACUUGUCAGACACCGUGGAUGCCAUGAUUGUUCAGCUUGUGGAGGGGAAGGCCUCAGCCUGUGUCUUUGCCAGUCUAGGAACUAAAAAGUGGGACACUUGUGCCCCUGAAGCCAUCCUGCAUGCAUUAAGAGGUAAGCUGACAGACAUGCAUGGCAGUGCGUUGCGAUGCUAAUGUUAAGCACAUGAAUUCUGCUGGGGUGCUGGCCACACUACGCAACCACCAGUACUACACCAGCAAAGUGCCCCAGUCAGUCCUGCAGGCCCUGAUUGAUAAAUAUAAUUUACAACUGUUAUUGUCCAAAAACCCUGCCAAAUUAUUAAAACAUUUCUAGCACCUAGUCAUAAAUGGAAUGUUUUAAUUUCCAUAAUUACUUGUAUAAAAUAAUCUACGUUGU